AUGCCCCCUGCCACCAAGUGCCUGCUUGUCUCUGCAACCAGCUCUUCUACAAUUGGCGACAAUGAUGGCGGCAGUGAUGACGACAACGACAUAUCUAUGAACAAGGAUGAGUCAUUUGUUGCAGAUUCAGGUGACGAAGAAGCCAAGGAAGCUGAAGAAGCUUACCAGCAAAUUAAAGCAUUCAGAGAUGCUGACCGAGAUGAAAAAGGCCACAAGAAUGCACACACCGGUGAAAGUGAGGAUGGAUGGUGGUGUAACAUUUGCAACAAUCCAAACUGCCACUUUCCAAUAUACAAGAGUCACUGCAAGGAGAAAGGCAUCAUCAUGCAUGAGUGCACUAUUCCCUUGAAUGUCAAGUUUUCGAAGUCAGGCCUUGUUGACUAUAUUGUCAAGCUUAUCAUUGCUGAGGAUGAGGCAUUUCAACUUGUCAACAAAGGAUCCUUUCACCACCUCCUGCAAUACCUUCAGCCAAGUCUUUCAGAUCAAGAACCGCACUAA